AUGAAUGAAUUAGAUAGCCUUCGCCAGGAGGCGGAAACUUUGAAAAAUGCUAUUCGAGAUGCAAGAAAAGUGGCGUGCGACACAAGUUUGGUCCAAGCAACAGCAGGAAUGGAACCAAUUGGUCGAAUACAAAUGCGAACAAGACGUACGUUACGUGGUCACUUGGCAAAAAUCUACGCUAUGCACUGGGGAAGUGAUUCAAGCAAUUACACAAACAGGAAUUUGGUAUCAGCAUCCCAGGAUGGUAAAUUAAUUGUUUGGGACAGUUAUACCACGAAUAAGGUCCACGCAAUUCCACUUAGGUCAUCCUGGGUAAUGACCUGCGCAUACGCUCCUUCUGGAAGCUAUGUUGCUUGCGGAGGUCUUGACAACAUUUGCUCUAUAUACAGUCUGAAAACUCGAGAGGGUAAUGUACGUGUUAGCCGUGAGUUACCUGGACACACCGGAUACUUAUCCUGUUGUCGAUUUAUCGAUGAUAAUCAAAUAGUGACCAGUUCUGGAGACAUGUCUUGUGCACUCUGGGAUAUAGAAACUGGCCAACAGUGCACAUCUUUUAUUGGUCAUACCGGGGAUGUAAUGUCAUUAUCAUUAGCACCAGACAUGAGAACUUUUGUUUCUGGUGCUUGUGACGCUAGCGCUAAAUUAUGGGAUAUACGUGAAGGUUCCUGCAAACAAACUUUCCCUGGUCAUGAAAGUGAUAUAAAUGCCGUUACGUUUUUCCCCAAUGGUUAUGCAUUUGCUACUGGAUCUGAUGAUGCAACUUGCAGACUUUUUGAUAUACGUGCUGAUCAAGAAUUAGCAAUGUACAGUCACGAUAACAUUAUUUGUGGUAUUACAAGUGUAGCAUUUAGCAAAAGUGGUAGACUUUUGUUAGCUGGUUACGAUGAUUUUAAUUGUAAUGUUUGGGAUUCUAUGAAAAGUGAACGUGCAGGAAUACUUGCGGGACAUGAUAAUCGUGUUUCUUGUCUUGGAGUAACCGAGGAUGGAAUGGCAGUGGCAACGGGAUCAUGGGACUCAUUUUUACGUAUUUGGAAUUAG